CAACAAGGAAAAAGGAAACACGCAUGCUGUUAACGGUACCAGAUGUGAGCAUUCUUUAAAAUUGCCUUGAAAGAAAUCAGCUGAUUUUCCUAUUAGUUCGGACUCAAUACAGGUGCAGUAAAGAGGCAAGCCGGAAUGUUUUACGUGAUUGGGCUUGGUUUGGGAGAUCCCAAGGACAUUACAAUCAAAGGAUUGGAAAUCGUCAAACGGUGUCAUCGAGUUUAUCUGGAAUCAUAUACUUCCAUUCUAACCUGUGGUCAGGAGAAACUAGAGGAAUUUUAUGGGCGAAAGCUAAUCUUAGCUGAUCGUGAACUAGUUGAGCAGGGUGCUGAUGUAAUUCUUUGUAAUGCUCACAAGGAGGACGUCGCUUUUCUAGUAGUAGGGGAUCCCUUCGGUGCUACUACUCACACGGAUCUGCUGCUACGAGCUAAAGAGAUGUUUAUUCCUUCAAUGGUCGUGCACAAUGCGUCCAUCAUGAAUGCAAUUGGGUGCUGUGGGUUACAGUUGUAUCAUUUUGGCGAAACGGUAUCAAUCCCGUAUUGGACUGAUACCUGGUGUCCAGAUAGCUUCUACGAUAAAAUUGAAGCAAAUGUGAAGCAUGGACUGCACACGCUUUGCCUGCUAGACAUUCGAGUGAAGGAGCCGACGCUAGAAUCCCUCAUGAAAAAGGUUCGUGAAUAUCAACCUCCACGGUUUAUGAGUUGUAGCGAAGCCGCCGACCAACUCCUACAGCUGGUACACAAUCGAAGAAAAAAUGAAUGGAAAAUGGAACUAUCCGAGCGGACAGUUGUAGUUGGCUUGGCUCGAGUGGGUCACGAAACUCAGCAGAUCAAAGCGUGCACUUUGAAGGAAUUAAAGGAUAGCGACCUGGGAGGGCCGCUGCAUUCGCUCAUCAUUCCGGCACCGCAGAUGCAUCCGAUGGAGAUCGAGUAUUUGCAGCAGUUUUGUGACGAUAAUCUAAAGGAGCUGCUCAAAAAAGCCAUCAAAGACGAACCAGCUCAUAUGUUCAAGCUGGACACAACGUUAGACAGCAAUUCUACCUCUUGAGACUAACUUCAUGACGACGUGCGUGUUUCGCAUUUUGAAAUCGUUUGUGUUGUAUGUUAAAUAAACGAUUAUUUAUCAACUUUUCAGCCUUGAACUCUAUGUAAAGCUCGUCCAGGUCAAUAUUUUAAUAUAUUCCUAUUUAGCGUGUUGUAACAGUUAGACAGUCUAGCCAUUGGAGCUAUGUGGUCAACUUGCUUAGCGUCUGUAUUUUCAACUCAUUAG